AGAGAGAGAGAGAGAGAGAGAGAGAGAGAGAGAGAGAGAGAGAGAGACAGACAGACAGACAGAGAGAGAGAGAGAGAUAUGCAGAUUAAGACGUGUUUCUGUGUAAACUGUUGUACUGAAACCGAUCUAUAUGCAGAGUCAGUCCAAGAAAAAGAGUUAGCGGCGUGGUCACUUUUCGAGCGCGUCUGACUCACCUCCAAAUUGACGGACACAAACCGGGUGUCACGUUUCACGAGAUAAAAAUCCCUAUUUCAUCUGGAUUAGUCAAGCCUGAGAGUUACCGUGAAGUCGGCUGGAAAUGACCUCUGAAGGUACAUAUCAGUCUCAGAGCAUUCAUGAUAAGAGUCGUCGCUUCUCCUCCUUCCCCAUCCACAUGAGAAGUUUGACCGGAGCUGGCUGAAGGGAGGCUACCUGUGUUUCCGAUUGGCUGUUUAAUCUGUGUCAUUUUAGCAGCUGGACGACUGUUUCACAGGACACUGAGGGUUGCAUGAAUCAGUGCCAAGAAAUUGCAUUACGUGGGAGUCUUCUGCUAAGGCGACACAGAGACGUUUCACGAGGAUGGAGGUGGGAGCUGAGCAAGGACGUACACAGAGGAACGGACGCAGUGACGCCGCGGCCAGAGAACCGCGCUCCUCUCCCUGCAACAGCCUGAAGAUGUUUCUGGUGGCUUUGUCCUUUGCCUAUUUUGCAAAGGCUCUGUCGGGGAGCUACAUGAAGAGCACAAUAACUCAGCUGGAGAGGCGCUUUGACAUACCCAGUUACCUAACAGGUGUCAUUGACGGGAGCUUCGAGGUUGGAAACCUGUUGGUGAUAGCUUUCGUCAGUUACUUUGGGGCCAAGCUUCAUCGGCCAAAGAUCAUCGCAGUGGGUUGUGUCCUGAUGUCCAUUGGCACCUUCAUCAUCGCUCUGCCUCACUUCAUCAUCGGACGCUAUGAGUUUGAAACAUCGGUGCGAUGGGUAGUGAACUCAACACUCAACCCCUCUCCUUGUCCGGUGGGCUCACCGACAGAUCUGACUCAAGAUGGUAAACUGCCUCAAGUGCCAGCCACAGGUUGUGAAGGUGACUCCAACCUAUCGAUGUGGAUCUACGUGCUCCUGGGAAAUGUCUUGCGGGGGAUCGGAGAGACACCUGUUCAGCCACUUGGGAUCUCUUAUAUAGAUGAUUUUGCUACUGAGGAGAAUGCUGCACUAUAUGUUGGCUGUGUGCAGACCAUUUCCGUAGUUGGACCUGUGUUUGGCUACCUGUUAGGCUCCCUUUGUGCCAAAAUCUAUGUGGACAUUGGAUUUGUACAAAUGGAAACUAUCACCAUCACCCCAUCAGAUGCCCGAUGGGUGGGGGCCUGGUGGCUGGGCUACCUCAUAGCUGGGGUCAUCACUCUACUCUCUGCCAUCCCAUUCUGGUUUCUGCCCCGCUCCCUGCCCAUACCCGGGCCCCAGGGCUCAGAACAGUGCACACCAGAGCAGACAAGUUUCAUUAAAGACCCUCAUCUUCUGAAGCACAAGUAUCCUGCAGACCAAAAUACUACUUUCGUAGAGAUGGCCAAAGACUUUAUUCCAACCCUGCGAACUCUGCUGGGACACCCUGUGUAUCUGAUCUACCUGUGUGUGUCAAUCAUCCAGCUGAACUCACUCAUCGGCAUGGUCACCUACAAGCCCAAGUACAUCGAGCAGCACUUCAGGCAGUCUGCCUCAAAGGCCAACUUUCUCAUGGGUGUGAUCAAUAUCCCAGCUGUGGCACUGGGGAUGUUUUCUGGAGGUCUACUGAUGAAAAGGCUGAAGCUGAACAUCAUGGGAGCAGCCAGGUUUGCCUUCGGCACAUCUCUGAUCGGCUACAUCCUGUCGCUGUUUUUCUUUGCAAUGAGCUGCGAGAAUGCCAAAGUAGCCGGGGUGACACUUUCAUACAACAGCAUGGAUAGCAUAUCGUAUGAUAAACACUCAGUGUUCACAGCAUGCAACUCAGACUGCUUUUGUUCAGCGAGUGACUGGGACCCAGUCUGUGGAGAGGAUGGCAUCACAUAUGUUUCUCCCUGUCUUGCUGGCUGUACCAGCUCUUCUGGCUCAGGGAAAAACACAGUCUUCUCUAACUGUAGCUGUGUCGGAGUAGCCGGUAACUUCACGGCCGGUACAGGUCAGUGCCUUCACAAGGACGACUGUGACAGGAUGUUCCCGUAUUUUCUGGCUCUCUCUGUCAUCACUUCCUUUAUCAUCUCCCUUGGGGGAACACCAGGCUACAUGUUUCUCAUCAGGUGCAUCAGACCACAGUUGAAAUCCUUGGCGUUGGGUUUCCAUGCUCUGGCAACACGUACCCUUGCGGGGAUCCCAGCACCCAUCUACUUUGGAGCAAUCAUUGACACGACAUGUCUAAAAUGGGGUCAGAAGAGGUGCGGAGGCAUAGGAGCCUGCAGAAUCUACAACACCACUGCAUACAGGAUAGCGUACCUGGGUUUGACUCUGAGCCUGCGGACUAUCUCGUUCAUUAUUUGCAUCCCGGGGUUCAUUCUGCUCGGGCGACAGCUGAGGAAGGAGGAAAGGAACGCCGUCCACGGGGCUCUGGCCAACGGCGGAACAGAACUGGAGGCACUCCAGAAGGAAGAGUUUGUGAUUUCUAAUUCUGACCCAUCACAACAAACAGCAGACAACAGCACAGACAGGGAGACGCGGCUGUGACAGAACUGACCCCACUUGUCUCCUACACGCACACACACACACACACACACACAAAUAGCACCAUACGCAGACAUAUACACACACAGUAUGUACAGAGUGAUACUGUACACAUGCACACACACACACUCAAAUGAGAUUUGCAGGGAAUCACAUGUUGUAUCCAAUCAUCUCAUAUAAAGCAUAAAUUCUAUAUUUGUACUACUGGACCUGUGAAGGCUUUGUGAAUUUGACAGAUACUUUGAUAUAACUGAAAUAUUUCUUGAAUGUAAAUGCUGUUGUUGUUUUUCUUAUGCAGAAAAGUAUAACUUUUCUGCUUUUAAUGGUGGCACGAGAUUAGAUGGGGAAUGUUUCUUGUACAGACUACAUUGAAAACAGUAUAAUCUUGAAAACCAGCAUUUAUAAAGAAGCUUCUUUGGAAUUUUCGCAUCACUGUGAGAAGUGGCUUUGUAAACCAUACGCACGACACUGCAGUUAAACAGAAAUCUGUAAGGAUGAGGAAAAUUAGGCCUUCAAAAGAGACGGGAAAUUGAUUUUUUCAAUAUUUUAAAUAGAAAGACAGCUGUUUGUUAGGGAAAUACAUGUUUGAACGUGUAUUUCAGUAACUUUUAGAAGGCUUGGCAGUUGUUGAUUUGACGUGCGCCUCAUUCACUCAACAGUUACCUCAAAAUCAUGUGUCUCACGUUUUGAACAGAUAUCUGAAGACUAUUUUCAUUUGACUUUUAAAUGAACGGAAGUAUUUACACUCACUUAGAAAAAGAAAAGUUUAAUUUCUGACUGACUCUAAAACGUGUGUAUUUUUCCUUUAAGCCCAAAGUCAGGUCUGAUUGUAUUGCAGUUUGUGUUGUUUCGCUUUCUGGAUGUGAACUCGCUUCCUUUGGUACUCGUAAAAAUGGAAAUUGUAUUUUAGUGACAUUUGCUUACCUGUUUGUCAAAUGAAUUGUUUGUCAUAUUGUUAAGCUUUCAACCAGCACUAGCAACAAUUAACUCUAAAUCUGGUAUUAUUAAGGAGAAACACAUUAUAUUAAGAAUAUACCACACACUAAACUUUGUCAUGACACUGAUAGUCAUGAUUAGACUGAAUUCAAUGCACCUUAGCAGUCCCUGAUAUUGAACAGCCAUUUUUGCUGGCUGAGGUGAACGCUCGCUCUUGUGUCUGUCAUGUGUUGUGCCUUAGAAAAAGGCAGAAAUUGUACUGUUGCGACAUUAAUAGAAAUAUAUAUAAAGAUAUACUGUAUGUUGUCCCAGUCUUUAGGCAAACAAGUCCACUGUGUGUGAAGUGUCACCACAGGAAAUGUGCAUUUAUAUUACUGGUGUGUAUAAACUCAGCUUCCACGUCCGCAGCCAUUGCUAUUAUGUUGAACUGGUCAGUUUUUUUAAGGAUAUGUUGGGUUUUUCUCGUGUAUUUUUGCGUGUGCAUGAACUCCUGUGCCAAAACACACAAACAGAAAUAUCUAUUCUCAGGUUUUUCUUACCGAUUUUAUUUUCAUAAAACAGCUUCAUCACACCCACAACACAUUACUUUGAAAUGUGUCAAAAAUAAGUGAAAUUGAUCGUCUAGCUACUGUAGCUCAAGAUAAUCGUAUUUAUGUUGUCAUUAAUAUGAAGAAAGGUAUAGCAUUUUAUCAUUCAGGUGGUGACUGAGUAGUCUUUUCAAUUCAGGUUAAAGUUUCAGGCACAGGUGGCCACAAGUACAGACUCAGAGCGGCGCAGCGAGAGGUGUAGAGGAAGGAAGUCAUCAUCAUCUCAAUGAUGUAACUUGCAUUAAAGAAAUCAGAAUACAAAAUAAUUUUCUCGGGACUAUUUUUGUAACAUUUCAAAGAAUAUCUUAAAUGUAAUACUAAAAUAAAACU